AGUUCAAGCUCACACCAACUAGCUGUCCAGGAAACAGCCUAACCCCAGAGAGGGGAGUGGGGAGGGAAAGAGGCGGGGAGAGGCUCUGACGGUCUCAGCUUUUCUUCUCACGUGCCGCUGCUCAGAAGUGGGUUGCUCAGCUGUGCAGAAUUUUUUCUUAAUUCAAGAUUUUCUUUAAUUUCCCGCCUAAAGCCUCCCCACGGUAGGGCCGCAUCCCUUGCAAUAAAAUGAAUUCUGAUUCGAGCUCUGUCUCCAGCAGAGCUUCAUCUCCGGACAUGGAUGAGAUGUACCUGAGGGACCAUCACCAUCGCCACCACCACCACCAGGAGAGCCGUCUCAACUCAGUCUCGUCCACGCAGGGCGACAUGGUGCAGAAGAUGCCGGGGGAAAGCCUCUCGCGGGCUGGCGCCAAGGCCGCGGGAGAAAGCAGCAAGUACAAAAUCAAGAAGCAGCUGUCGGAGCAGGACCUACAGCAGCUGAGGCUGAAGAUCAACGGACGCGAGCGCAAGCGGAUGCACGACCUGAACCUCGCCAUGGACGGGCUGCGCGAGGUCAUGCCCUACGCGCACGGGCCCUCGGUGCGCAAACUCUCCAAGAUCGCUACUCUCCUGCUGGCCAGAAACUACAUCCUCAUGCUCACCAGCUCCCUGGAGGAGAUGAAGAGGCUGGUUGGCGAGAUCUACGGGGGCCACCACUCGGCCUUCCACUGUGGGACCAUGGGCCACUCGGCCGGCCACCCGGCGCACGCGGCCAACGCAGUGCAUCCGGUGCACCCCAUCCUGGGCGGCGCGCUCUCGUCCAGCAGCGCUUCGUCACCGCUGUCGGCCGCCUCCCUGCCCGCCCUCGGCACCAUUCGGCCUCCACACUCGCUGCUCAAGGCGCCCUCCACGCCGCCCGCGCUGCAGCUGGGCAGCGGCUUCCAGCAUUGGGCCGGGCUGCCCUGCCCCUGCACCAUUUGCCAGAUGCCGCCGCCGCCGCACCUGUCUGCUCUCUCCACCGCCAACAUGGCCCGGCUGUCCGCAGAGUCCAAGGACUUGCUUAAGUGAGCAGCGGGCCCGCCUGGCUGCCAGCACGCAGGAGAGCGGCGGGAGGGGCCGCAGGGCCGGGCCAAGAGGGAAGCGGGAGGCUGGAGCUCGGGCCACGCGAGGGCGGGACCCCGCGGCCUCCCAUGCUGUCUGAGAGAUCUCCGGCCCCACUUGACUCCCGGAGGGAAAGGACCAAAAUCAAACUGCAAUUCUAGGUGGUGGCAGAGGGGGACUCGAACCAGAGGUCGUGUGUUUUGCAUGCAUGCUUCUUUUCCCCUUGCAGCGCCAGUAUUUCUCACUGCCAUAUGCUUUUGUCAAAACUGCGUUUGUUGUAUAAAGACGGGAUCGGUGUAGUUAAAAACUUGCAAAGGGACUUUCGGGGUUGGCUCUGUUUUCUCACUUUGGAAAGAGAUAGCCAUCCUGUUUGUGCAAAACAAAUGUAAAUACUUCCUUGAGAUGGAUGCGAAUAUGCUUGUCUCCGUCGUCGCCAUAGUUUAUCCAGAGACAAUGGAGAGAGAGAGAAGAAAGGGGAGAGAGAGGGAGAGAGAAGAGAUAGCAAGACCCAAGUUUUGAAUCUCAACUCGGAUCCAGGUCUUGACACCUAUGUGUGUUUUACUUUCGAUGCAGUGUAGGUCUAAAGAGUACAUGCACGCUUCUCAAUGAAUAUUGUCUAAACAUGUUGUGCAGGCCGUCGUGCCAUUUUCCUUGUAACAAGGAUUUAUUAGUGAAUUCUCCGAAGUACUCCAUACAUCUGUCUGUAGUUGUAUGAAAUGAAAAAGGGGCAGAGUGCAAAGACCCACACUUACGCGCACGCGCUUCUUCCCCACCCCACCCCUUCACACUUCCUCCCAAACCUCCCAUGGCUGUCUUAGGGGCCCAGGAUUGCAAAACCCGGGGCUCCCUCUACGAGCUUGCCCCACCCGCCUAGCUCAGUUAUUCUGCAUGGGGGGUUGGCUCUCUCUAUUAUCAGCUUUGAAAAUUUAGUGUGGUUUGGGGAGGGGUGCCGUUUUUAUUUUCCUGGACAUUUGCUUGAAAUAUUUUGUUAGGGCCUCAAAGACAAUACCUGUCUUUAUUUUUUAUAUAUUCUUGAUAACUAUGAUAUAUUUAUUAAUAACCAGUGUUUCUGGAUGAGGUUUCAAAUAAAAAAAAACCUUUAAA